AUGUACAUUGGCCAAAUCGAUACAGACCCCUCUGCCAGGAAAGUAUACACUCGCCAAUCUAUUACUGAUCUUUGGAGCGACACUCGGAAAACCCUUGAAGGACUUGGUGCCAGCGUUCAGGAAGUCGAUUUUCCCGUCGUUACAAAGUUCGAAAAGGCGGAAUCGGACGGCAUCGAUACCGCCGGCAAAGAAGGCACAGCGCCGCCCCAUCGCAACGAUAUUGACAUGUGCCAACUGAUGGCAUAUGCCUGGGACGACUUCCUCGCCGACAAUAAAGAUGCGAGUGUUGCAGUCAGUCUCUCACAGGUUGACCCGGCAGCCAUUUUCCCUCGUCCACUAGGAUCAAUCCCGGACAAGUAUGACUCGAACGACCCCCUCGUCCGGCAUACAGAUGUCGUCGCACACAUCACCGCCGAGCGCAUUGCCACUUACGAUAUUCCAGGCCUGGGAAAGGAUCUGCAUGAUCUCGAGUCCAGACGCAAAGCGGAUUUCGAAGAUUGGCUCGAUGCUCUCGGCCUCGACACAAUCGUGUGGCCGUAUAACGGCAACGUGGGCAAAGCGGAUGCGGACGUCAACGAGGCUUCAGCGACGGAAGCGUGGCGCAAUGGUGUCCUUUACUCGAACGGAAAUUGUGCGAUCCGCCAGCUGGGAAUCCCAACGGUUAGUGUGCCGAUGGGGGUAAUGGCCGAUACGGGAAUGCCAGUCAACCUCACUUUUGCGUCCAAAGCGUACGAUGACAACAAUCUAUUACGCUAUGCCUUUGCGUUUAAGAAGGUGAGACAUUUGCGGCAAGCACCCCCAAGGACGCCGGCAUUAGCAACAGACACCAUUUCGCUAGUUGGGGGAGAGACGAAGAUGGGAUUGAUCCCUCCCGAACUAGUGGUUGACAAUACCACAGUGCUCGAUGCGAAAGAUGGCAAGAAGGUUCGCCUCUCCGGCAGAGUUCAAAAGGAAGAGGUUUCGGGGCAAUUUAUUACUGUCGAUGGCGACGAGUUCAAAGACUCCAAAAUCACAGAAGGUAAGUGGGAGGCGGACUUCAACGUCAUUAGUGUUUGGGAGGGCCGACCUGAGGAGAAGGGAUCCCCAGACCCGGCGAAGGCUAUGGUUGUCAUAGUUGCCCGAGGAAAGAAUGGAAGGUCAGCCGGGAAGGUUCUGUUCAUUUAG